AUGCUGAACACGAUGAUCUCCUCCCUCCAGCGCCAGACAAUGAGAGGUCGUAGGCUGAAGGGGGCGCUGUCCAACCCCCUCUUUGUGCUGCUGCUGGCCCUUCAGAUCCUGGUGGUGGCCGGGCUGGUUCGUGCUCAGACCUGCCCGUCCGUCUGCUCCUGCAGUAACCAGUUCAGCAAAGUCAUAUGCACCCGCCGAGCUCUACGGGAUGUCCCCGAUGGCAUUUCCACCAACACUCGCUACCUGAACCUCCAGGACAACCUCAUCCAGGUCAUCAAGGUGGACAGUUUCAAACAUCUGCGCCAUCUGGAGAUCCUGCAGCUGAGCAAGAACCACAUUCGCAACAUUGAAAUUGGGGCCUUCAAUGGGUUGGCCAGUCUCAACACUUUGGAGCUCUUUGAUAAUCGGCUCACGACAAUCCCCAAUGGAGCAUUCGAGUACUUGUCCAAGCUGAAGGAGCUGUGGCUCCGGAACAACCCCAUUGAAAGUAUACCGUCAUAUGCCUUCAAUCGAGUCCCCUCGCUUCGAAGGCUGGAUCUAGGUGAGCUCAAGCGUCUCUCCUACAUUUCCGACGGAGCUUUCAAGGACUUAAGCAACCUGCGCUACCUGAACCUGGGAAUGUGCAACCUCAAGGAGAUUCCCAACAUUUUACCGUUGGUCAGGCUCGAAGAACUCGAAAUGUCAGGAAACCAGCUCGCCGUCGUCAAGCCCAGCGCGUUCACGGGAUUAGUGAACCUCCAGAAGCUGUGGAUGAUGCAUGCCCAGAUCCAAACCAUCGAGAGGAACUCCUUCGAUGACCUGCAGUCGAUGGUGGAGCUCAACCUGGCUCACAACAACCUCACCUUUCUACCACAUGACCUCUUCACGCCUUUGCAUCGCCUGGAGCGGGUCCACCUCCAUCACAACCCCUGGAACUGCAACUGUGAUAUCCUGUGGCUCAGCUGGUGGCUGAAGGAAACUGUGCCCGCCAACACCAGCUGCUGUGCACGUUGCCAUGCUCCCACAGCUUUUAAAGGUCGCUACAUUGGGGAACUGGACCACAGCUACUUCCAGUGCGAUGUGCCCGUCAUCGUGGAGCCUCCCAGUGACUUGAAUGUGACGGAGGGAAUGGCUGCGGAGCUCAAAUGUCGUACCAGCUCGUUGACGUCCAUCAGCUGGUUCACACCAAACGGCUCGUUGGUGACACACGGGGCUUACAAGGUGCGUUUGUCUGUGCUCAAUGACGGGACACUGAACUUCACUAGCGUCACCAUGCAGGACACUGGGACGUACACCUGCAUGGUCAGCAACACAGCAGGCAACAUUUCCGCCUCUGCUGUCCUCAAUGUCACUUCUGUGGAAAACAGUGGUGUGACCUAUUUCACCACAGUCACCGUGGAGACCAUUGAGACACCAGGGGACGAUAGCCAAACGCCGCUUCCCCCGUUCGGCUGGACGUCGUCGACCACAAGAGGAACUCCUAUUUCCACGAGGAUCACAGAGCGGACUUACACCAUUCCAGUUCUCGAUCUGGACGGAGAGGGAACCCUCAACGGCCUGGACGAGGUGAUGAAGACCACCAAGAUCAUCAUCGGCUGCUUCGUGGCCAUCACGCUCAUGGCUGCCGUUCUCCUGGUUAUUUUCUACAAGAUGAGGAAGCAGCAUAACCAGCAGGAUCCCGAUGGCCCCGCCUCCUCUAUGGAGGUCAUUACGGUUGAAGAAGAGCUUGCAGGUGUUGCAGCUAUGGAGAGACACCUAUCGCUGCCCCCGCUGGAGCACUACAACCACUACAACACCUACAAGAGCACUUACCACCACCCGUCCAUGCUCAGCACCAUACACAGCUCUGCCACACAGGAACCUUUACUGAUUCAAGCCUGCUCAAAAGACAAUGUACAAGAGACCCAGAUCUGA